UGGUACCCACCAUUGUGAAGAGCUCGCCACUGUCUCCACCAAUCCAAGCGAGAGGAAAAGCGAAGGCGGCGGCGGUACCGUUAUCCGUCAUCGGUUGCCAAAAUAGAUUCCGAUCGGAAGCGAAAGAAAUUGUCUUCUUCGAUCUCAUCCGCAGAUCGAACUGCGAAGGACAAGCGUAGCAGCAGCAAGAAGAACAAGAUGUCCUCUUCGACGGCCGCCGGUCAGGUUAGGGCAUCGCACAUACUCAUAAAGCACCAGGGAUCGCGGCGGCCUGCUUCAUGGAAGGAUCCGGAAGGCCGAAUUAUCAAGAACACCACUCGCGAUAGCGCCGUCUCUCAGCUCACUGUGCUCCGAGACGAUAUCGUUUCCGGCAAGUCCAAGUUUGAGGACAUUGCCUCUCGCAUCUCUGACUGCAGCUCUGCCAAGCGUGGCGGCGAUCUAGGUCCUUUUGGACGUGGCCAGAUGCAGAAACCUUUUGAAGAAGCAGCAUUUGGCCUCAAGGUUGGAGAGAUAAGUGAGAUUGUGGAUACUGACAGUGGAGUUCACAUCAUCAAGCGGACUGCUUAACUUCUCUCUUUAAUUUCCUGGCUGUACUGGUGAAACAUUUAAUCCCAUUGCCUUUCGGGCAUGUCGACGUUGUUCAAGUGGAUUUAUUUCUGCUCCAGGCGACACGAAUUUCUUACUAUGAUACUCUCUGAUAAUUCAUGUUGUGAUUUGCCUAUAGCAGCUACUCUGCACUUUCAGUGACCUAAGAAAAUUUUUAAAGUUCUAUGCUUUUAUGCCAUUGAAUUUUUGCCUUUGUAAACGUGACAACAUUAACAUUAUAAGUGGUUGUGUUGUGGUUUGAAUUGUUAGCGUCCAUUAUUAUGCCUCA